UUGUCGUCUCUCUGCCCGUUGCUGCACUGAGGGCCGAAGCUGCAGCCUCGGGGCUGGGUUUAAGGUUGAACGACUAACCCGACUCCUUUCUUACCGUUUGCAGCUGCCGAGGUUCUCCUCGGAUCUCUCAUUGAGCGCCAAGAUGCCGCGGAUAAUGAUUAAAGGGGGUGUCUGGAGGAAUACGGAGGAUGAGAUUCUUAAAGCAGCGGUUAUGAAAUAUGGCAAAAACCAGUGGUCUCGUAUUGCAUCUCUGCUGCACAGGAAGUCAGCCAAACAAUGCAAAGCUAGAUGGUAUGAAUGGCUGGAUCCAAGUAUCAAAAAGACAGAAUGGUCAAGGGAGGAAGAAGAAAAGUUACUGCAUUUGGCAAAACUCAUGCCAACACAAUGGAGGACCAUUGCUCCAAUUAUUGGCAGAACAGCUGCCCAGUGUUUGGAACAUUAUGAAUAUCUUCUUGACAAAGCUGCACAAAGAGAUCAAGAAGAAGAAACUGCUGAUGAUCCUCGAAAGCUUAAACCUGGCGAGAUUGAUCCAAAUCCAGAAACAAAACCAGCCAGGCCUGACCCAGUGGAUAUGGAUGAAGAUGAACUUGAGAUGCUGUCUGAGGCUAGAGCACGUUUGGCUAAUACUCAAGGCAAGAAAGCAAAGAGGAAAGCACGAGAAAAGCAACUUGAAGAAGCCAGGAGACUUGCAGCCCUUCAGAAGCGCAGGGAAUUGCGAGCUGCUGGAAUUGAGAUACAAAAGAAAAGAAAAAAGAAGAGAGGAGUGGAUUAUAAUGCUGAAAUUCCCUUUGAAAAGAAACCUGCAGCAGGUUUUUAUGAUACCGCUGAGGAAAACCAUCAAGCACUUGAACCAGACUUCAAGAGACUCCGCCAGCAGCAUUUGGAUGGAGAGCUAAGAUCUGAGAAAGAAGAAUCUGAACAGAAGAAAGAUAAGCAGCGUCUGAAAAAGAAGAAGGAAUCAGAUUUGCCUUCUGCUAUAUUACAGAUUAGUGGAGUCUCUGAGUUUACCAAAAAAAGAAGUAAACUAGUUCUUCCUGCACCACAGAUCUCUGAUGCUGAGCUGGAAGAAGUAGUCAAAAUUGGUCAGGCUAGUGAGAUGGCCUGUCAGACAGUCGAAGAGUCCGGAAUGCCAAACUCCGUUUCCAAUGCUCUCAUAUCUGAAUAUAGCAUUGCCAACACUGGUUUGAGUUUGCGAACCGCACGAACUCCUGCAGCCCAAGAUCGUAUUCUCCAGGAAGCUCAAAACUUGAUGGCACUGACAAAUGUUGAUACGCCUCUAAAAGGUGGGCUGAACACACCUCUCCAUGAAAGUGAUUUCUCAGGAGUAACCCCACAGCGACAGGUAGUACAAACACCGAACACUCUGCUUACUACACCCUUCAGGACUCCGACACAUGAUAAUGAUGGCUUGACUCCACGUAGUGGAAUGACGCCUAAACCUGGUGUUGCAGUGACCCCAGGAAGGACUCCUUUACGGGACAAAUUAAAUAUCAACCCAGGAGAAGAAAUUGUGGAUUAUAAUGAUCCUUCAUACAACAAGCAAUUGGAAAGAGAACAUCGAGAGCAACUGCGAAUGGGCCUGCUGAACCUUCCAACUCCAAAGAAUGACUUUGAAAUCGUGCUUCCAGAGAAUGCAGAGCGAGAGCUUGAGGAACCAGAGACAGAAGAUAAUUUCAUAGAAGAUGCAGCUGAUGUAGAAUCCCGUAGACAAGCAAUGAAAGAUGCAGAACGAGAGAGGGAGUUAAAAAAGAGGCACCAGUCAGUACAGCGAAAUCUUCCAAGACCUACAGAGGUAAAUGAAACCAUUUUACGGCCUCUGAAUGUUGAACCACCUCUGACUGAGAUGCAGAAAGCUGAAGAGAUGGUGAAGAAAGAAAUGAUCGUUAUGCUACACUAUGAUACACUUCAUCAUCCAUAUGUAGACCAAUUUGGAAAAAGAGGGAAAGGCUCAGGAUCAAGCUCUAGCAAUGCUGAGCAUAUUGCUUUCCUGGAACACAAUGGAUAUGAAAAAAUCAGCAAAGAAGAGAUGAAAAAGGCUAGCGAUUUGUUGACGCUGGAGAUGGAGGUUGUAAAACAUGGUAUGGGACAUGGAGACCUUCCUCUUGAAGCAUAUAAUCAGGUUUGGGAAGAAUGUUACAGUCAGGUGUUGUAUCUACCUGGACAAAACAGGUACACUCGAGCCAACCUGGCUAGCAAGAAAGACCGAAUAGAGUCACUGGAAAAGAAGCUGGAGACCAACAGAAAUCACAUGACUACAGAAGCAAAACAGGCAGCAAAAAUGGAGAAAAAAUUGAAGAUAUUGCUUGGAGGAUAUCAGUCACGUGCUACAGGUCUUAUGAAACAGUUGAGUGAUCUCUGGGAUCAGAUUGAGCAAGCACACCUGGAAUUAUGUACCUUUGAAGAAUUAAAGAAGCAUGAGGAUAUAGCUAUUCCAAGGCGACAAGAGUCUUUGAGGGAAGAUGUUGCACGGCAGCAGGAGAGAGAGAAAGAACUCCAGCAAAGGUAUGCAGAUCUACUUCUGGAAAAAGAAGGGCUUGUAUCAGCCAAGUAUUGAAAAGCGGAACCUCUGUUCUACAUGCAUUUCAUAUUGUUCUGUACAGUGAACUCCAUUUAAGCAGUAUUUUCUGUUACAAUAAUGGAUUAAAAAGGAAACUUCAGUAACGUCACCCCAUGCAAACUGUGCUUAGCAUUUUGCUGUAGUAUAUAUGAAUCCUUUGUAUAUUCCACAUGGAAAACAUAAGUAAUAUAUGGAGUAAAGUUCUUGUUUGGCAGUGGUGCAAGAAAACAAUGUUCAGCUGAUCUACUGUCAAAAUCUCAGCAGUACUGAAUUAAAUAUUUUUCUGAACAUUUCUUAACUGUGUGUUAAACUUAUGAAAGGGUGAUUUGUACUGUGAUUUGAGUAACAUUCU